AUGAUUAUUAGAUGGUUAUUAUUCUUGGUCUGGACCCAUUGCGUCCAUGGCGCUGUGGAACCAGACCAAUUGCUUUGGGGUCCAUAUCGAUCCAGUCAUUACUUUGGGGUUAGAUCUCGAGUACCUCAAUCACUACUCUGUGGAUUAAUGUGGUAUAAUGCUGAUGAUUUCAUGGCCAUUAGAAACAUAAGACACUUUUACGAAUUGGGUCAUGAUAUGAAUAAAGCCAAUUGGGUUGAAUAUGAUCCUCGUUUUGGGGGGAGACAAAUCAUAGACGACAAUGAGUUCCACGUAAACAUCACCAUCGAUUUCGUGAAGAAUGUUGAUGGUCAUUCAUGGGGGGCCAGAGUUCAACUGGUGCCUCAUAAAGGGUUUGAAAGUUCCAGAACAACUUUUAUAUGGUAUUGUGGUCAAGAAGGUGAAUUCAAUGGGUUAUUUUUACAAGGUCCCCUUGAACCCAAUGGGUAUGAUAAUGGAGUGGAACUAGUUGGUGAAUCCACGUAUUUGGGUGCUUAUUCAAUGUAUUUCAAACCAAAUCAAGGGAUUAUUGAUAAGACAAAGGAAAAUUUGGUUCUGAAAGAUUUAGACCCUACAAAGACUCAUCAUCUAAGCUUAAAAGUACAAGAUGAUCAUGUUUGGAAGGCAAAAGAUAUCUUGGUUACUAUUCUUCAAGAUUCUCUAAGAGAUUUGAUGGGCAAAUAUGAAAAUAUCGAUUCAAUGUCUCCUUCACAGAUUUAUACCAUGAGAGAUAUGAACAAGUAUACGGGUAACUUACAUUUCAUCCAACAUACAUUUGAAGGCAAGGCUCAAUUUGACAUCUUUUAUAAUGAAGAAGGAUCUUCUGAGGUUAUUAAUGAAAGUAAUAUUGCCCCUAUGGUCACUCGUACUUUGGAUAAGGUGUCUACCAAGUUUGAACAGAGUUUCAUGCUCGAAAAUGUUCAUCACAAGCAAUUUGCCCAUGAAGUGUUAUCUGGACUUUUAGGAGGCCUUUCAUAUUUCUAUGGUGAUUAUUUGGUUGAUAGAGAUACCAAACUCGAUGAAGAAUCCUUUGAAUCUCAUGAUUUACAUGGGAAACUUGAGGGGCCCUUUGAAUUGUUCACUCUUGUACCGUCAAGACCCCAUUUUCCUAGAGGUUUUUAUUGGGAUGAAGGAUUCCAUUUGAUGCCUUUAAUCGAUUAUGAUUCUGAUUUGGUAUUUGAAAUCAUCCAAUCUUGGUUUAAAUUAAUUGAUGAAGAUGGCUGGAUUGCCAGAGAACAAAUCUUGGGACCAGAACUGAGAUCUCGAGUGCCCGUUGAAUUCCAAGUUCAACUGCCUGAAAUUGUUAAUCCACCAACAUUAAUGCUUGUAUUGAACUACUUGCUUGAAAAGAUAACUGGCAUUGAAGAGGUUGUAGAACAGCCAAUCAAAGUGACGGAAUACGCUGAAAUGGAUGACUCCUACGGUGGUGGGCUGACAUUAAUGAAUAAUAAGGAAAAGUUGAAUAAAUAUAUUGAAGAUAUUUAUCCCCAAUUGAAAAAACACUAUGAAUUUUUUAAACAGACUCAAAUUGGUAUGUUUGAUGAAUUUGGUCGGAAUGAACAUGAUCCUGCCAAUACUCAAGCUUAUAGAUGGAGAGGGAGAACGUUAACUCAUAGUUUAGCAAGUGGACUUGAUGAUUAUCCUCGAGUCUUACCUGCUGAUAUUGCUGAGCUUAACGUUGAUUUGUUGUCGUGGAUUGGAGUCAUGAACAGACUGGUGAAGAUCUUAGCUGAGCUUCUUGGCGAAGAAGACGAUGUUAAGGAGUACACGGCUAUUGAAGAACAAAUCAAGUCCAACAUCAAUCGUUUGCACUGGUCAGAAGAUGAUAGAGCUUACUGUGAUGUUAGUGUUGAUGAUGAAGAUGAGAAUGUGUUUUAUUGUGCCAAGGGGUACAUUUCAGUAUUCCCCUUUAUUACUAAACUUAUGGAUCCUAAAGAUACUGAUAAAAUAGAAGCUAUGAUUGAUAUACUCUCUGAUCCGGAUCAUUUAUGGUCUGAUUAUGGUAUUCGACUGCUUCUGAAAUCCAGUCCCUUGUACAAGACUGCUGAAGAUUAUUGGAGAUCACCAAUUUGGAUCAACAUUAAUUAUUUGAUUCUUGAUGCCUUGAAAUACUACCGUUCUGUUCUGAGCGAGUACGCCAAUGAGGAAUUACAAUCAAGAAUGAGUGUCUUGUACAAGAAUUUGAGAGCUAACAUCAUCAACAAUAUGUUGGACCAAUGGGUUAAGACUGGUUAUGUUUGGGAACAGUAUAACGAUGAAGAUGGCCAUGCCCAAAGAACAAAGAACUUUUUGGGUUGGAGUUCUUUGGUUGUAGAGAUUAUGAAAAUGCCAGAACAAUUGUAG